AUGGCCCGUAAAGAAGCCCCAGCGGCACCUGCCGAGCCGGCAACCCAGCUAGACAAGAAAAAUACAGCUGAAGGAAAUCUGGAAAACGAAGAAGAGGACUAUGUCGAGGAAGAGGACGAGGACUAUGACCCAGAAAAGAAACAACAGGACGAAGACCAGGAAAGUGAUAACUCAGACAACGAACACGAACCAGACUACUCGGCUAUCAACACAGGCGUCAGUCAAGUAAGAACGCGAACACAAAGAUACGAGGAGGAGCUUGGCGGUGGUAAGAAGCGAAGAAUAGACCCCAGUGGUCUACUACAAGACGAGCUGAGGGUAGACGUGAAUGCUAUCUUUGAAUCUUUGAAGAGUGGCAAAGACGAAACUGAUUGGACUACGCUUAUAGACAAGGAUGCUGUUGUGGAGGAGAAGAAACCCGAAGAGCCCACAGACCCCACGAAACUAGAAUGGUGA